AUGAAUCACUCUGUGGUGUCAGAAUUUGUGUUUCUGGGAUUCACCAACUCAUGGGAGAUUCAACUUCUCAUUUUUGUCUUCUCCUUAUUGUUAUACUUUGUCAGCAUGAUGGGAAACCUUGUCAUUGUGUUUACUAUAACCAUGGAUGCUCAUCUUCACUCCCCCAUGUAUUUCCUCCUGGCUAACCUCUCAGUCAUUGAUAUGGUAUUUUGCUCAAUCACAGCCCCUAAAAUGAUUUGUGAUAUUUUCAAGAAGCACAAAGUCAUCUCUUUUUGGGGAUGUAUUACCCAGAUCUUCUUUAGUCAUGCUGUUGGGGGCGCUGAGAUGGUGUUGCUCAUAGCCAUGGCCUUUGACAGAUACGUGGCCAUAUGCAAACCUCUCCACUACCUGACCAUUAUGAGCCCAAGAAUGUGUCAAUCCUUUUUAGCUAGCUCUUGGGUCAUUGGCUUUAUCCACUCAUUGGUCCAAUUAGUUUUUGUGGUAGAUUUACCUUUUUGUGGCCCUAAUAUUUUUGACAGUUUUUAUUGUGACCUUCCCCGGCUGCUUAGACUUGCCUGCACAAAUACCCAAGCACUGGAGUUCAUGGUCACUGUCAAUAGUGGACUCAUAUCUGUGGGCUCCUUUGUCUUGCUGGUCAUUUCCUACAUAUUCAUUCUGUUUACUGUAUGGAAGCAUUUUUCUGGUUCUUUAUCCAAGGCUCUCUCCACUCUGUCAGCUCAUAUCACCGUGGUCAUUUUGUUCUUUGGGCCAUUAAUGUUUUUCUACACAUGGCCUUCUCCCACGUCAUACCUUGAUAAAUAUCUUGCUAUUUUUGAUGCAUUUAUUACUCCUUUUCUGAAUCCAGUCAUCUAUACAUUCCGAAACAAAGACAUGAUAGUGGCAAUGAGGAAUCUGUUCAGUCAUUUUGUGCAUUUUGGGAAGAUUUAA